CACAUCUUGGAGCAUCUUGGUCGUCGUCGAGGAUGGGGUCAUGGUCGUCUACAGUAACGGCGAGCAUGCGUGUAGCGUGUAAUGCGCGUAGAAUUACACGACCCAGAAGUGCACGAAACUACAGUGCACUAGCUCAACCCCAGCCUCGUCCUGCUCCGACAAAAACAGACCCAUAUGUCCUCCUCGCGCCGCACCUCGAACAGUUGCGCACUUCCCUGCUCACCCUCCUCGGAAGUUCCCAUCCUUCCCUCAACGCAAUCGCUCAAUAUUACUUUCUCCAUCCCUCCAAACAACUUCGACCCCUCCUCGUCCUCCUCUUCGCGCGUGCAACAAACGGACUAGGUGCUGAAUUCCCCCAAGUAAAUUGGGCAGCAGACAAUGCAAGAGCACAUCAAAAAGAGCUCGACGCGCCUUUGACUCGAAAAGACAUCCUAUGCGACUGGAAUCCCAGCAUGCCAGACCAUACCGCAUCAUUCGAGAGCGCGUUCGAAUUGCGCAUACCCCCUCCCCAACCAUCACCAUAUACCCUACCACCCCCACUCCUCCAUCAAACUCAUCCUCAGGCACUCACUCAUACAUUGCUCCCUACCCAGUUGCGCCUAGCACAGAUCGUGGAGAUGAUACACGUUGCUUCUUUACUCCAUGACGACGUCCUUGACAAAUCCUCCCUUCGUCGUGGCGCACCUAGUGCACCAGCUGCUUUUGGCAAUAAGCUGGCUGUCCUCGGUGGUGAUUUCUUGCUGGGCCGCGCCAGUGCUGCCUUGAGUCGGCUAGGCAGUCAUGAAGUGGUGGAGCUUAUCGCGAGUGUCAUCGCUAAUCUUGUAGAGGGUGAGAUUUUGCAGAUGAAAGGGAGUGGAACCGAAGCUGCUUCCUCUCCCUCGUCGUCUGCGAGUAGUGAAAUUGACCUUAAGGACCUUCAUUCUUCCCCUUCACCCUCAUCCUCCGAUAAAUGGUCCAUCUAUCUUAAAAAAACUUAUUUAAAAACGGCUUCCCUAAUGGCUAAAGGCGCACGGGCUGCUGUCGUGCUAGGAGGGUGUAAAGAAGGCGAGGUAUGGAAGGAAGUAGCCUAUGCGUAUGGGAGGAAUCUGGGUAUUGCGUUUCAGCUCAUAGAUGACACCCUCGACUUUUCCUCCUCCACAGCCCAACUAGGAAAACCCGGCUUUGCAGACCUGCGCCUGGGACUCGCAACAGGACCCGCACUCUACGCGGCUGAAGAGUUUCCAGAGCUCGAAGCCAUGAUCCAGCGGCGGUUCGGUAGGGAUGGCGAUGUCGAGACGGCCCUGACGCUCAUCUCGUCUUCUCGUGGUGUGGAGCGCACGCGUGAGCUAGCGCGCGUACAUGCUGAGAAAGCACGGGAGGUGCUGACGUUAUUGCCUAGAAGCGAGGCGAGGGAUGCUUUGGAGGGUUUGACGGAGGGUGUUGUGAAGAGGCGGUGGUGAGGCCUUUUGAAUUCCCGUAUGUUGUGACCGGGCGUCAUCAUUUUUCUUCUUGAUCGAUGAUUGAGGAUAGCAACAUACGUACGUUGUCUGGGGGCAUCAUUAAACGCUCUCUUCUGUCGACUUUUGCACAAUUCAGAAAUAUAAUCUUAUCACACUUUAUUACGAUUGAAUAAAUAGAUAUCCAUUGUCCGGCAUCUGGGACUCAAUA